CCUAGCCGCCCUAGCCUGCGGUGGCUGCGGGCUGAGGCUGUCGGCGGGAACCCCAAUGAGUCCACUCCAGGCGGAGUCUCAGACUGGACGCGGGGCCCCUGGCGACGUGUGACCCGCCCCCGGCCGGCCGCAGCACCGGCGUUUGUAAGUGAGUGUGGGACCCAGCCGGCCCUGCACCGCCCUCUCUGAGGCUGCAGAGAGGCGCUCCGCCUGGGGCACUAUGAAGGCCGCAGAGCUUUCCUCGGAAACUGCAUCUCCGCUGGAAGCGGCUAGUUGGAGUGUUCUGUUGACAGUAGUGACGGGGAGAAGCAGAGCUGCAGCUGUCGCUUUGCAGCGCCUGUAGGACUUCAAGGGCCCGAAGUCCCUGCCGGUUCUCUGUAGAGAACCCCAGUUUUCUUGUAUCUGGAACACAGUACCUGCCUCCUUUCCUGAUACUUAAGUAAAAUAGAGGGCUGUCAUCUGGGGGGAAGCUACCUGAGCCGUUCAGCCAUGGAGGCCAACACAGUGUCCCCUAUCCAGGAGACCUCUGCCCAGUCUUUACGUAAUUUAAAUAAUCUGUGGGGUAGCCGGAAGCUGAUGAUUGUGGGGAUCUUACUUGGCUGGCUUCUAGUUAUCCACCUUCUGGUUAACGUGUGGCUUCUGUGUCUUCUCUCAGCGUUGCUAGUGGUGCUGGGAGGAUGGGUAGGCUCCAGCUCCAUUUUGGGGCUUUCAGGUCGACUACACCUGGAAAGGUUCAUCCCAGUGGCCACCUGCCCUCCAUGCCCUGAGGCAGAAAGGCAGUUGGAGCAGGAGAUCAACAGCACCAUCCAAAUGAUUAUUCGAGAUUUUGUGUUAUCCUGGUAUCGUUCAGUGAGCCAGGAGCCAGCCUUUGAGGAAGAGAUGGAGGCGGCUAUGAAAGGGUUGGUGCAGGAACUUCGGAGGAGGAUGGGUAUGGUGAACAGUCGUGCUCUUGCCCAGAGAGUUAUGACUCUCUGUGGUUGUCACCUGCAGAGCUACAUUCAGGCAAAGGAGACCUUUAUAGAGAAGCAGAGUGGUCCAGUCCAGCCUUCCCAGCUCUGGGAGGCUUAUUGCCAGGUUACUGCCCCACAUCCUGCUAUGCACAAUCCUAGUACAGAGGUCACCUAUACCCGUGGCAUUGUGAAUUUAUUACUUCAAGGGCUGGUGCCCAAGCCCCACUUGGAGACUAGAACUGGACGCCAUGUGGUGGUUGAACUCAUUACUUGCAAUGUAAUCUUACCAUUGAUCAGCAAGCUGUCAGAUCCUGACUGGAUUCACCUUUUACUUGUGGGUAUCUUUUCCAAGGCCAGAAAUGAUUCAACAAAAAUAGAUAAAUCACUCUUCCCACCCAGUUCCUUGGAACAGCACUCAGUGCCCACAUCUCUACCACUGAUUGUUGAGGUGGAAAGUCUGCCAGAACGAAGAGCCCCUUCUCCAAUAGAAGCCUCUGUGCUCCUAAACUGUAGUGAGCCAGGCCCUUCCCCAGAGAUUGAAGAAGGCCAUGAAGCUGUAGAGGCAGAUAUGGCUGGGAUCCUUGAAGAAAGAAAAGUAGGAAACAACUCAUCUCAUUUCCUACAGCCAGAUAUUCGAGGCCCCCUGUUCUUAUGUGAAGACUCAGAACUGGAGUCUCCACUGUCUGAACUGAGCAAAGAAACUAUCAUGCUCAUGACCCCAGGCAACUUCCUCUCUGACCGGAUCCAGGAUGCCCUAUGUGCCUUAGAGGAUUCCGAGGCUCUGGAACAAAAGGAAGGUGAGGGAUCCGAGGGCAAUGAAGGAGCAGAGACUGAGGAGGGGUCAGGGACAGAAACAGGCCUGCUGGUCUCCAUGCUGAACUCCUGCCCAGAGAUCCAAAUUGACACAGCAGACAAGGAGGUAGAGCAAGGAGAUGACACCUCUCUUACAGCUUUGUUGGAGGAGCCAAAAAAGAUUCAGCCCCUGCGACCCUCGUGCUUAGAUAAUAAGGAUCUCAUCAAUGAUAUGAGCUCCCUUGAUCCAACUCUGCCAUCAGUUCCACUUUCUUCCUCUCCACCUGGUCCUCUCAGCUCAACCACUUUCAGCUUUGAGCCCCUGAGCAGUCCAGAUGGCCCAGUUGUCAUCCAGAACCUUCGUAUCACUGGUACCAUUACUGCCCGAGAGCACAGUGGCACUGGAUUUCACCCGUAUACACUCUACACUGUAAAGUAUGAGACAGCUUUUAACAGUGAGAACAGCAGUGCCCUGCAGCAGCUGGCCUACCACACUGUGAACCGCCGAUACCGGGAAUUCUUGAACCUGCAGACCCGCCUGGAGGAGAAACCAGAUCUACGAAAGUUCAUCAAAAAUGUGAAAGGUCCUAAAAAGCUCUUUCCAGAUCUUCCAUUUGGCAACAUGGAUAGUGACAGAGUGGAAGCCCGAAAGAGCCUUCUGGAAUCAUUCCUCAAGCAACUCUGUGCCAUUCCUGAAAUCGCUAACAGUGAAGAGGUGCAGGAAUUUCUUGCUCUGAACACAGAUGCUCGAAUUGCCUUUGUCAAGAAACCAUUUAUGGUCUCCAGAAUAGAUAAGAUGGUGGUGAAUGCUAUUGUGGAUACCUUGAAGACAGCAUUUCCUCGCUCUGAACCCCAGAGCCCCACAGAGGAGCUGAGUGAGGCCGAGAACGAAAGCAAGUCCCAGACAGAAGGCAAGAAGGCUAGCAAGUCUAGACUGAGGUUCUCAUCCAGCAAAAUUUCUCCAGCACUGAGUGUGAAUGAAGUACAUGAAAAGAUUCUCUAUUGUCUCCAGGAGCGCAAUGUGGAGUCAGAGAUCCUAUCCAUGUCUGGGAUGGAAUCCUUUAUUGAAAAGCAGACAAAGUUACUGGAAAUGCAGCCAACAGAAGUCCCAGUAAAAGAUCCAGAACAAAUCUCCAAAGACUAUGUGGGUGAUUGCUUGUCAGGUACAACCAUGCUAUCCCAGGACCUCAGCAGCAGUGAUGCAGGAACAGAAACAGAGUUAGCUGACACAGCCCUGAAUCUAAUCCUCUUGCUGUUAAUGAAACAGUGGAAAUGGCUAUGUACUGAAAACAUGCAGAAAUUUCUUCAUCUUAUCUUUGGGACCCUAAUUCAAAGGUGGCUAGAAGUGCAGGUAGCUAAUCUCACAUGUCCACAGCACUGGGUGCAGUACCUCCGGCUUCUUCGGGAGUCCAUCUGGCCUGGUGGAGUUCUUCCCAAGUUUCCGCGGCCUGUAAGGACUCAGGAACAGAAAGUGGCUACUGAGAAGCAAGCUUUGCAAAGCCUGAUGGGAGUCCUGCCAGACAUUUGAUUUACUGCCUUGGAGACAUCAUCAUAGAAUUCUUGAAUCUCAGUGCAUCUGAUGAGGAAUCUGCCUCAAACACUUCUGCCUCAGAUACUCCAGGCAUCCCCAAGAGGAUGGGAGUCUCCUCUUAGCUAGGGGUUAUUCACAUGAUCUUCACAGAUUAAGAAAGGAGACUUAGCCACCUAGAGACCAGUCAGGAUGCCUGGACCUCAGGAAUCACCUUACAAGGCCUAGGUUUCAGUGGCUCAAUUCUCCUAUGAGUCCCACUCCAUUUGUAGCAGGUGACAAGGAUGUAUAUGUACAAUUGCAUGCAUAUUCAUGUACAUGGCUUUUUUUUUUUUUUGUGAUGUUUGUAUUGUUGCUCGUGGUAGAUCCUGUGUACUUUGGAGAAGGAAGCUGUGAAGUAGAGGAAUGAGCCCCUUUUGCUUCUCCUUUUGCCCUUCUCCCUAAGACUGCCAGAAAUCUGAUCCUGUACAUACAUGUGCCCAAUCCAUGAACACACAUGAUCAAGAUCUGGAAAGAAUAAGAAAAAACUAUAGCCAGAUAUCCUUGGAAGAGAAAACAAUCUUCUGAGCUCUCUGUUCCCACCUGGAAACUAAAAAUUCGUUCAGGGCCACUCUUGAAAGCCAAAUUCCCUGGUCCUACCUAGUUACCUAACAAUUCUAAAAGAAGAGGGAAGGAAAAUAUUUCUUAAGGGACUUCUCACUCAUUGGCUGUUGUCCAGCACAGCAGCCUAAUGGAGGGUGCUGUGAAUGCUGCUCCCUUGGGUGGCCACACUUUUCCUCUCCAGAAGGUUUCAAAGCAAACUGCCAGAACUUCUGGUAAAUCCACCCCACCCUUCACACCCUUUCCUGAAAGGGAUUUGCAACACAGAUUUUAUUUAUUAGCUUUCCUCCCAACCCCCUGCCCAAAAGCCAUUGAGUUAUUGGAUUUGUGACCUUCCUUCUGUCUUCAACAAAAUCACAUGGGAAAUUAUAUAUAUAUUCAGCCUCAUUGUUUCCAAAGAGAAGGGAAAGUACUUGCUCCAUGAUUGGGGAUGCCCAGAAACCCAGAGAGUAGAGAGUUCUUCCUUCAUACAUCUUUAGCAGAAAGUUUUUACUCUGAAGAGAUAAUAUUAGCAUACUUGCAGGAAUUAGUUUUAACUUUCUGCUCCUUAAUGAUCUAGUUAGUCUUUAAGAACCAAGCAAUGAGGACAGGUUCUCCAGCAGAUUGUAGUAUCCACUAGAGAGAUGGAACAGUUCAAAGGAAUUGCCGGUAGAAAAGGGACCAUGUGGAGUUACAAGGAAAGCACCGCUCAUUCAGUGUGCAUGAAUAUCUGGUGAAAAAAAGUUUCCAGGGUGCCACCAGGAGAUCAUGGCUAACCCCUCAGCCCUUUAGCAUCACACCUGCCUCUUUGUACCCUGUUUUCACUGAACCAUGAAAUCUUCUUACUGGGAGAAAAAGAGUCUUUAAGAAUUAGACCAAUUAGAAUGGGGUGGGGCAUCAAGAACCAACAUCAGGGUUCUUGUAGACUUUGAAGUAGGUAACGAGCACACAAUUAAAGUUGUUCGUAGAAAAACGUUGUGAAACCAUGUUACUUUUUACCUCCUUUGGUGGCUCCUAACCUGUGAAACCAUGUUACUUUUUACCUCCUUUGGUGGCUCCUAACCGUAGUUAUGUUAUGAUGUAAUGGAAAGGCUUAGGUAUGCUACUCUUGCCAAAGGGCAAGAAAAUGAAUGAGAUAAUCAUUCGUGACCCCUUCUGGCCUUAAAGUUGAUUAUGACAGUAACUUGACUUUAAAGUUCUGGAAGCAUCUUCCACCCUAGACUUUCACAACAGAGUAGCUUGUGGAAUUGCAGGGGUCUGGCAGGACACUUUAAAGCUGAUCCUAUGACUCUUUCAGUGAAGACCAUUCUACUUUGGUGAGGUGGAGACGGGUAGCCUUCUUUCCCCAUACUUUCCCCUCAUGUGUACCUACCCUUCUUUCCCCAUACUUUCCCCUCAUGUGUAUCUGCAGACUUAGAUUGCUUUAAAUUCACUAUAGGUUCUGGCUCAGAUGCAGCACAAAGUUGGUGGAUGAUAACCUGACACACCAUAAAAUUCCUAUAACAGUGAAUUCUAAGGAAUCUUUGACACUUCCAUCCCAUAAAACUUGCUUGCAUUUCAUGUUAUAUAAGAGAUCCCACCCAUGCUCCACCUGCCCCUAAAAGAUAAGCUAUCCUCACAGUCCAUUGGAAGGAAAUGGGUUAGCCUAGACAAAAAGCUUGUCAGUCCACCUCUGAUCCUAAAUACAUAACCACUAUAAUAUACUAUAUUAAGCUGUCUUUUAUGUUACAGAGAAAAAUAAAAUCAAAUUUUCAUUUUUAAGAAGUCUAUAACAAGAGCUAGCAAACUUGUUUGUUAGUUUGCUUUAGAGGAGGAAAAGUUUAUUUUGGCUUCCAGUUUCUGAAGUCUCCUUCCACAGAUGGCUGACUCCACAGCUCUAAGCCACGGUGAGGCAGAACAUCACAGCAGAAGGGCAUGACAGAAGAAAGCAGAAGCUAGCAAAAUUUUUCUUUAAGGGGCUAGAGAGUAAAUAUUUCAGCCUUCAUGGCUAUCUGGUCUCUAUUACUUAGCUCUUCCAUUGUAGUGUGCAGACAGCCAUCGACAAUUCACAAACAAAUAAGUGUAGCUGUGUUCCAGUAAAAUUUGACUUACAAAAACAGGUAGCUGACCAGAUUUGACCCAUGAAUUAUAAUUUGCAGAGCCUUGGACUAGCAAGUUAGAAUAAUGCUUAUCAAACUUCUACAUGGCUGCAAUUCAUUCACCUGGGAUCUUGGGAAAAUGUAAGUUUUGAUUGAUUUGUUUGGAAUGAGGUCUAGUAAACGUACUAGUGCUAUGCUAUAAAAAUGUCCAUGACAUGAUUAUCUCACCCCUUCACUGGGUGAGGAAGCAGUUGGAGAUGCCGGUCUUCAGGAACCCAUUCAGCCAAGCUACCCUGGCAAGCCUCAGUUUCCACAGACUUUCCACAGACCUUCAGCACCUGCUGUUUAUCCCUUGCAGUGGAGCAAGAUGUGUUUUCCCAUGAUGAAGAGAGGAAGGUUAGUCAACUCUUCUGGAUAGGAAAGGGGACAGGAACCAGGGAAGGAGUGGUAAUUGGGAAGGAAGGGAAACCAUGAUGCUUUUGUAGUUUAAGGCCCAACUGGGAAAGCUCUGCCAUGACUUGGCCCCUGUUUCCUUUCCACUGGAAAUGCCAGAAAUCAUAGGGCAGUUUUGGCUCACACUGCUUUUGUGGACAAGAGAAUGAAACCAUUGAGGGGUGAAUUUGAGCACACAAAUGUCCAUCACUUGAGAGAGAUGGAUACACACAAACAGGAUUUCUCAGGAAAAAAAGCAGUGAGGGAGACAUUGCCCCAAACAUAAUGUCCGAACCCUGAACCUCACCUGUGUGUGUGUGUAUCUAAACCAAAAAGAAUAUCUAGGUGUCAAGCAAGAAACAAGUGAAACUCAUUAUUAAGUGAAGCUUUUUCAGGAUGUGGCUCAGUGGCAGUAGUGAAGGAAGCAGACACAGCUCUGAAAUGGCUGAGAAAACAUGGACACCAAUAGUCACCUUAGCAGACACACUGAGCUAUUCUCAGACUUGCUGAGCCUUCUUGCUGUCUCCCUCUCACUUCUUACCAGUCUCUGGUCUGAAAGUUCAUUUUGACACUGUUUUCUUGAAAGUGAAAACAAGCAUGUAACAGGAUGCAGAGAACUGGCUUGAUAUCUGACAACUGGACUUCUCUACAUGUCUUUACUUUUCAGACUUCACUUGCAAAUGCUUCUGUAGGAGUCACUAGCAGUUACUGGGUUGGGAGGGAAGAAUAAAAGAACAAGAGAAGGCACAGUAUCUAGAUUCAAACUUAGACAACAUGUCUUGAAGUGACAUUUUCUGUGCUUUUUAUCCUAAAGUAGAUCCCUUUGUUACUAGCCAGUAUUGGUUAGAUAAUAAAAACUAAUUUUAGCAUCAAAGUGUUAUAAUGAUUAAGAAGGUAAGUAUGUGUUUCAUAUAUAUAAAUCAUCCACACUUUGGCUUUUGUUUUUUCUUCUGCUUACAUCAUGUCACCACUGCACCCAGUUAUUAUAAACAAAGGAGGGUUGUUAUGAUUACUUCUAGAAACUUGAAUUGACUCCUGAGGAUAAAGACCCAGCUAGAUAAACACCAAAGUCUCUGAUUGCCAAUAAAGAGACUAACAUGUCCACAGAAGCUAUGACUUUUGGGUCUCAGGUCAAAUUGGAUUUGGUGACCAAUAAGCACAGAUAAUCAACCCUCUUGCCUGUAGCCCCUGCUGAGGAAUCAUUCUUCUCCAGUUGUUAUUUAAAAUAUUAACCAUGAAUCUUGCCAUGAGGGAGAAGACACCUUAAUAAGGGAGGAAACCUCUUUUGAAGUUAUGAAGUCCAACUUCAUAAAGUGAUAGCAAGUCAGUUCCUUUCCAGCUGCAUAUGGUUGUACUCAAAAGAGCCUUAUGUUACUGAGGAAUGCAAAUGACUCAAGAACAGUGAAGGCAUCUUCCAUUAAGGCUUCAUGAGUUUGUGAGUCACAUAGGCUUGGUUGUCAGACUUUUUCAUGGGGAAGAAUCCAUUAUAGAGAUUAUCAUUUUUUGAUGGUAACAAACACAUUUUGUAUCUCUUUUACUCCUAUUAUAUCCCUAUGCCUCCCCAACCUUUCUCCUCCCUCUUUCUCUCUGUGAGAUACACACACACACACACACACACACACAAAUUAUAUAUACGUAUAUAUAAUUUGUGUGUGUGUGUGUGUAUAUAUAUAAAAUGCUGAAUUAAAGCAGAAGGAGCAGUAACAACAAUAUAUAUUAUACACACACAUAUAUGAAUGAUGUAAAACCAGGCUUUGCUUAUUUAAGAGGUAAAAUAUGUGAAUAAAUCCAAUGGAAAAAAUUGCUAUGGAUCUAAGAUGGCAGCCGGGACAACAGAGUGACAAAUUUUCAUCUUUAGGAACUUAGUAUAUCUUUAUUUCACAGCAAGUAUCAAAUGAAAGAAGUUUAUUCUUUUAUUUUCCAUACCAAAACAGUACUGGUUCUCAUCUAAGUAUGUGGGCCAUAAGGUUUUUUUUAAAAAAAAAAAAAAAAAAGCUUUUUUAAAAAAAUGUGUCUCCAUUUGAAAAUGGUUUUAAAAAUCAUUCAGUCAUAAAAGUAGCCAACAUCCCUGCUGAUUCCACAGCCCUUUCCCCCAACUGCACCUACUUUUCAUCUAAGAUCAGGAGUAAACCAAAUAUCUGCCUAAAGAAAAUAAUAUCAACUUCUUCCUGCCUCAGACACAAAUCUGCAAGGAAUACAAUUACUAUGAAGAGAAAAUCAACACAACUUUCCUUUCCCCCUGCUAUUUUAAUUCUUUAAAAUUAUCCUUGAGUUCCUUUAAAAGUCUAUUUCUCAGUUUGCCUAAGCCAUGUAUGUAUAAGAUACCACAAGGAAAACUCUUCAAAGUUUGUAGUAAAUGUGAAGAAAAGGAAUGAUAGCAUAGAGUAUAUGCUGUCUUCCCCACCACAUUUGCAACUAUUUGCACAAACCUGACAGAUCAAAAUGAGUCAGCUUGUGGUUAGAAUGAGAAGGAAGCCAAGACCUCUGGUUGCAAUGCUGCUUUAUGGCAAUAAAAUCACCUGUUGUUUCUGUCUGAAGAAUAAUUGUCAGUCCAUUGAUGGAAAAGAAGGAACAGACAGAGGAUCGAGUUCAGUCUGAGAAUCAAAACUAUUAUUCAUUUUAUAAAAAAGAGAAUCUCUAGACAACUUAGUGCUUGGGUCAUAUAUUAGUUUAAAGUAUGCCUGCAUAAGAAGAAUUGCAUCUGUUGUGGAAUGAAGUCCAUGCCUCAUGCCAGUGCACAUUUGCACAACAUAUGAUGUGAGAUAGUCUCUAGAGCCAAGAUUGGUUCUGUAUCCACCCUGGGGCAGGUUGGUUAGUCUCCAGUGUAAACCUCCUUGGGAUUAACCACUUAUUCCAGUGGAGAGCACUGGAUAAUUAAUACCAGAUCUGUCCCAGACAGCUUUGUAUAUCUUCAUAUGAGUGAGGACCCAAAGUUUCCUUUUCAGUGGCUCAGUUUGGAUGGGGUAAAGAAAUCUGUUGUUACAAUGUUUAAAAGCAAAGCUGUAUCCAUAUACAUGUGUGUAUCUUGCAUAGAUAUGAUCUUGGGAGUAGCAGAUGGUGUAUAUAAGGAAGAGCUUGUCUGGACAGUUAAGAGGGGAAUAAGUUCGCACAUAUGAAUACAGCAAUAAUAUCUGUAGCAUUUCUGUUUGCAAGAGCAAGAUUAUGUCCUUUUAGCAAUCUGGAAAGGAUAGAGGCAAGAGCUUGUGUUUCAGCAUGCUCUACAUCUUGAGGUUUUGGAAAUGGAAAUGUGCCUACUAUUGGGGGUGGGGGCAGGGAUGACCUGAGUUCUUUAUAGGAUUAAGGUUUCUGUGGAUCUUUUCCAAGUGAUGGAAAUUUUCUUCGUUUAGUCUUUUUCAUACAACCAUUCUUGAACCUAUAGGUUGCCUCACGCAAUUGCUUCUCUAUAUUCAUUUCUGAAACCCUUUUAUUAAAAACAAGAGCAGAAAAUGACCUUAAAAAACUGUUCGUAUCUCUAUCAUUUCUCCUUUUCUUGUACAGUGCCCAAAUUAUUUUCUCUUUAUCCCUAAUUUUUCCUCAACUUAUCAGUCUAAGUGGGUAAUUUGGCCCACAAGUCUAUCUUUUUGAUAUUGGCAUCAACUUAACUUUAUAGGUAAGCCUUAAUUGUGAGUAUUUCCUGAACUUGACUCCAUAGUUGUUAUUCUGUGAGAAACAAUGGCCCAAUCUCCAUCUGUGCAAUCAGAAUAGCCAUCAAGCCUGAGAUUUUGAUAAAUUAUUCAUGUUGCUCACUAUUCACACUAGAAAAUUUAGCCAUACAGAUAUCUUCCUUGAUUCUAAGUUCAGAUUCUAGUUUCAAAUAGUCUAGUGACUUGAAUUUUCUAUUGCAAAUAUGUUGUAAAAACAGCUCAGACACUGGAAAAUAUAGCAACUUUUAGAAACACUGAUAAAGCCACUUCCCCCGGAUAACUUCUACACUUUCAACUUCCUAGAGAAACUUUCUGAAUACUGUGAAAAUGCUGAUUAAUUAGAGCUCAGAUUGUGUGGGGAGGGGAAAUAUGUGCAAAACAAAGGAAGAAAAACUGACAUUAGUUGGAUCUCUUCAUUCUAUGUACCUGCUUCCUACCUUCAGUGAUAGACAAUAUGUAAUAAGCUCCUUUUUAAAAUUUGUUUAAAAGCUUGUUUAAAAAUGUAAAUAAGUUCAUCUUAAAGUCAGCACAAAUUGAUUGGCAAGUACACAACUGUCUUCACUGAGUGACAAUCCAAUUUCCAUCUAAUCUGCCCGUAGAUAAUGCCUAUUGCCUCUGUUUUUCUGCUGGCCUAUAAGCUCUUUGCAGGCAGAUUAUCUUGUUUAUUGUAAUCUCUCCACCAUUUAGUGCCCAACCAGGCUUAGUUUUCUCCUUAUAAAGUCUCUCACAUCACAAAUUUCCCAGAGCCUUGGCCAAUUUCUCCAUCCUGUGCACAAGGUAAUGAUGCUAGUGAUAGACUCUGCACAGUUGCUUGGUCUAUAGAAGAAGUUGGCAAGCUUCUUGUGUCAGUGAGCAACAUUUUUCUUUCCUUCUGGUAAACUUGGAAUCCUAAUCACCAUCUGACAAUUUUCUUUCCAUCUUCUUGUACACCAUAGAACCUGAAGAACCCUCCUGACUAAACCAGAGAAAGCAAGAACACACAGUUCCCAGCAAGCAAAGACAAGGCCUUGAGCUCUUGUUUCCCCGAGACUUUGCCUUUGCUAGGAAAAUACCAACAGAAGAUAGGUUGCUUAACCUCAACCUGCAAAGAAGGGGGUUCCUGGAGCUGCAGCUGCCUCUAUCUAAAAUUUGCAAAGCUCUAAGACUGUUGCCACAGUAACCAGCGAGCUCCUGCUUCUAAUGCCUUUGACACAGCUUAUCUAAUCCGAGGUGGAAAUGUCCCCAGAAACAGACCCCAGGCUGGCAGCUCUUAACUGUGACCCACCUCAUAAGCACAUAUCCGGCAAAAGCCUCUUGGUUGCUGGGGUGAAUCAGUCUCUGAUCACCACAGGAGGAAUCUGAUGAACUCCAAGGGUGUUGCUCUUUUUUUCACUUGCAGACAGACCCUUCAGCCACAUCUCUUGGUGAAAGUGUUCAUCUUGUGUGGUUUGUAAUGCUGAGUUAAAGUGGAAGGGGGCAGUAACAACAAAGGGUGUGAAUUUUCUUCCUGUUCUCAGGGCAGCUUCUCAGCAAACAAUGUUAAAAAAUGAAGGGGAGUAUUAGGUCUGCCCUUGGGGAAUUUGUAGACAUUUAAUGGCUAUAAUUGAUUGUUUCAGCUCACAGAUGCACCCACCACUGUAAGAGAAUGCUGAUUUCACUCUUACAGCACCUCUUGCUGUAGGAAAACAGGCGAUUAAUAGUAUCCAUGAGACCUAGAUCGUGUCUAUUUAACUCUUCGGGCAAUACAAAGGCAGAGAUGCUCAUUUUAUGCUUUGGAAUUGUCACGAUAUGUCCUGUGACUUCUACUCACUCCAACUUCUGCCCCCCAUCGCUGCCAAAGGAAAGCAAUGAAAUGGAAAGGCACAUUUAUCUGACUUGAGAGGAGCUGGCUUCUAGUCAAGGGUCCUGGAGACGUUGGACCAAUCUCCUCCUUACCUACCUGGACUUCAGUAUGUUCAAUACAAUGUUGGAUGAGACCAUAGGUAUGACCCCAUCCAGCUUGACAUCAUCUGUAGAGAGCAGAAAUUGUCAGGUCUGGGCCAGUUUUGGGAAGGAUAAUGAUGCUCUCUGAAUGUUCAUCAUAAAAAUGAAUAAUUACAUUUCAUCUUUACUUUUAUCUCAGCAGGAAUUUUCUUCAUCUUCGCUUGGAUCUGUCUAAAUUUAAGGGAGGAAGCAAGGAUAACGAAGGGGAGAGAUGGAAAGAAAUAAGGGAAUAUUAUUCUUCCUGACAGGAAUAUCCUUGGCUUUCUCUGGACUCCUUAGAUAAACAGUUCCUAUCUUAUUCUAUGUUUUCCUUCUUUGAACUUGGCAAAAUCAAGUCAAUUCAGGAUGUCAUACAUAUUUAAAGAGUAAACUACAUCAUCAAAUUUUCAUGGAGUCCGAGGAUCUAUGUUCAUGUCCAAUUAGCCUUUCCCAGUAAUGUUGAUGGUAUUGAUCAUUAAAGGAUCCACUUUUAAUUUUCCAUUUUCUGGAGUAUUUUCCAUUGGCCAUCUUGUUUUAUCCUUUCAUUAUUCUAAGGAAUAUACUUAGGAUGAAUUUAAAUCUUGACCAUCGUUUUAAAGGUCAUUUGGAGAGUUACCCCACAUCCUCAUUUUACUGAAAAGAAAUAGGACAGAAUUUGUCUUUGGCCAAGCUCAUUUUCUCACUGUAUUGGAAGGCCACAGCACAGUGAUUGAGAACUUAAUGACUCUGCCUACACACAACCAGGAAGAAAUCCAAUUCUGCUACCUUUGUAUCUUUGGGAAAAUGGAGUAAACUUUCUGUGCCUUAGUUUCCUCAUUCAUUAAACAAAAAUAAGAAUAGGGCUCACCUCUCAGAGAAUGGUCAGACAAGGGAGUUGCAAGUUGAUGUAUUUAGAAACAAUUUCUAGCACACAAUGCAUAAUACAUGUUUAUGACAAAACCAGGACUAGAACCAGAAUCUUCCAACUUCUAACUUAGUGACAUUUCUGUACCCUACACCAAUACUGUCCCUAAUACACAGAUAGGAACCUGAGUCUACAGUGUUGCAGUGAAAAGCCCAUCCAAAUUCUUUCUGUUCAGUGGGUCUUGCACCAAACUCCUCUGGUGCACACUGUCCUCCAUAGUCCUGAAUAGGUGUCAACACGCUUAAGUUUUUUAAAUGUAUAAGCCCAGCACUAUUUUCCAAUACUACUGUUAGUCUGAUCCAGACUCCCCCAAUCCUCUGGGGAAAGGGUCUUCUACCCAUGGGUCUUAGGAGAUAAAAAGACUUAGGGUGAUUUCUUGCUAUGGGCACACACUUGUUAUUACCUCCAGAUCUUAUGUUGUGUGUCCACUGGAAUGAUCCUCAAUGCCAGACCAUUUGAAUUGACCAUUUAUCAUCCCCUGAGUGCUAGUCUUGUUUUUGCACCUUCAUUGUGUACUUCCUGAGAAGACAGACUAUGUUGUAUGUUGGUUUAUAACCCUCUAGAGCUCUUAAUGAGAUGCUCAGAAAAUAAUAAGUACACAAAUAUUUCUGGGUUUGUGAAUUAAUUGUGCGGUAGACUGCUGAUGGCCUCCCAGAGUGGUUAACAGUGGUCCCACCUACUAGUUCCAAGUUCAGGGGGAAUAAAGAACUUAUCUAGAUGCACUCAACACCAUCAUUCCAGACCAAGGGGAGAAGUAAUCUCUCUGCACUCACACCAGGUUAUCUGCUACUAAGCCUCAGAACCUGUGGAACCUAAGCUCCAUGUAGUGUGCUGGAACCAAACACAACCUUGUUCUACAGUUAAAAACAAGUGAAAGUCAUCUGCCAGGGUCACUUGGCACCAAAGCUCUAAGACAGAAGGGGCUCUGGUUAAAGGGCAGCUCAAAUCCAGGCAUUAAAAUAACCUGAAUGGUGUCAUUUUCUGAUCAAAUUCCUUUCCCUGUCGGGUUUGUGAUUUUUGAGCCUGAGAAUGUCCUUCAUGGCUCAGGCUUCUCUGCUGUCACACUGGUCUCAGGCCUGGAAUGUGAGCACUGACCGUUGAAGUCUGAUGAAACUAUGUCACAGUCCCAAAAUGGAGAGACAUUAUCUCAUAGAUGGUGGCAGCAGGCAGGCACCAGUGUGCUGCUGGCAGGCAAGGCCCAGAAUUUGGUCCUAAGAGUACUUCACACCCAUGGCUCUCGGUGGACAGACGGUCUGAUGCCCCAGACUUUAAUCUGUGCUCUAGUAAGUUGAGAUCUUGCACAUCUUCAUCCCCGGGAGACAGGAAGGCGCAGACUGAGAUGGAGAGAGCCUCAUUUCUGGAUAAGUCACAUUGUCAGAAAAAUCCCUUGUGUGUCUUAAAGCACCUGAGGGCUAGGGGUGAUUGCAGCCAUUCACAUGACAGAGGACGUGCACCCAGGGAGUAUAAGCCUCCAAACUUCCCUUACGGGGUUCCUGGGGGGCAGGAUUGCUUCACCCAAGGACAGGUGGGGUUUGCUGCCCUAUGAGAUAACAUCCCUAUCAGCAUUUGGAAGGGACGAAGCCUCCAGGGGAGCCCAUUAACCUCUCCUUGAGUAACAGCAACAUCCAAGUCCUGAUUAUUUUGAUCAGCAAAGGUCACUCAGAAUAAGAGAAGCACUCUUUUAUCCAGUCUUGGAAAAAGGGGUCUGACAGCUUCCUUCCUGCUUGGUCAGCUUGUCUUUACCACUUGCUUUCCAUUGCUAUGCUCUGAGAUGCUUUGAUUCCAUCCAAGCCAUUUGCCUAUUAACAUGUCCACUCUGCCUUCUCCCACUGCUUACCCUUCCUUACCAGAAGAGUCCAUUUCUGAGUUUGCUGUGCCCUUUCCUCAUGAUCCAGACUAAAACUCCUCUUUGGCCAGCAUCUCUGUCUGCCCCACCCUCUAUCUCCACAACUCUUAAACAGCUAGAGUCUGCUCAUGCAUUUUUUUUUCCAGUGCUGGGAAUGGAACCCAGGAUCUGGUAUGAGUUAGGCAAGAACUCUACCACUGAGCUACACUCCCAGCCCCUGCACAUGCAUUUCAUGCUUGAUAUACUUCCUUUCACCAUAGGCUACCCGCUUUUAUAUGGAUAAGUGCAUGUCUUUGAAAGCAUCCUCCAGUAUACACUGAGGGCUUGGGAACUACUAGUGCCAAGCAAGGAGUCUUGCUCACAAUAUUGACUUUUAGGAAUGCUACUGCACUGUAUCGAUUCUAGUGGCCCCUUAGAAUCAAACCUAAGACUGAAUCCAGGAUAUGGCUUCAUUUCCCAACUCUCCCCAGUCUCCUUACUUUUCUUAAACAUGAUAAGCCCAUCCCUGUAUCAGGCCCUUACACUCACUCUUUCCUAUACCUGCUAUAAUCUUCCCUGAAUGUCCCCAUGGCUCACUCCCCACUCCAUUGUCUGCCUCAAUGCCACCUUCCCAGAAAUCAGUUUCCUGACCAUUUGUCUAAAAAAUAGCAUUCCUUAUCCCAUAAUUCCUAUCCUGCUUGAUUUUCUUCCAUAGCACUUACAACUAACCGAUUUACAUGAUAGUAUUUUAAAAUAUAUUAUACAAAGGUUUGUAAUUUUUUAAAUUGAAACAUAAGAUGUAUUUUUUUAUGGCAUACAAUGUGAAGAUAUGUUUACAUAUUGUGAACUGGCUAAAUCACGCUAUUUAACAGCAUUGUCUCACAUAUAUACCAUUUUUUUUUGGCAAGAACACUUAAAAUCUACUGCAAUUUUCAAAUGCAUGUUAUAUUAUCACCUGCA